CUGUUCGGGUAACUUACACUAUCAAGCUCUCAACUGAGUCUCGUCCCCAGCUCAGUCCGAAAGGAGAAGAAAAUCAUCCCAUUCUUACCUCCGUCGUCCUAUCGCCAUCAUCUUAUUUCUAAAUCCUCACAUCAACCCUCUUCAAAAUGCGUAUCUCGAAGUCAUCUCUACCAGCGACUCUCCUACCCCUCCUACUUCUACCGGGAUCAUCGCUCGGCGCUACAGUAGCAGAUCGAUCAUCAUGCAUCCACAUUAGCGCCGGCAAGUUUUCCGCAGCCGCUGCUUGCGGUGACAAGAUCCUUUUGGAAUACUGUUUUCAACGCGUGCCUGAAUACGUCGAGCUCGGGGACUUAGAGCGGUGCUUCCGGAACGCCGGAUGCACGAACGCUGAAUCGGGCAUCGAAGCAGCUUUCCUCAUUCACAACUGCGACAAGGGACAGUCCGUCGCCGAGCUAAGGCGGAGAUCGCCGGAAGCUUUACCAGCUCCCCAAGACACCACUACAACCGCAGCCGCCGCAACCACAACCGCCGCAUCAACCGGCACCACAACAGCCACAACAGCAACCUCCACCGGCCUACAAUGCAGCACCGCAACCACAACAACAUCCUCCUACUGCCCCGUACAAUCCACCGGCACCGCAUCGGGCUCCACGCUCGCCUGCAUCGAAACGACCGUCACAACCUCCGUCUGCGCCUCCACCAACAUCUGCCAAACGGACAGCAGCGGCAACGACAUCUGCAUGGUUCGCAAAGACAGCCUCGACACCGCGGAACUCGUCAUCACCAUCUUCAUGGCGAUAUGUUUCGCCGGCGGUUUCGGCACCCUGCUGUUCUUCGCCUGCAGCGAGAAGAGCCGCGACCGCAAGCUGCGCGCGAAGAAACAGGCUGCGGCUAUCGCGAAGACGAACGCCGCGCUCGCGGUUGACGAGGCCCCGGUGCCGGCUGCGCCGGUCGAGGAGCCGGCGGGCCCGUUUAAGCGCGAGGUUAGCCCUGCGCCGGGGAAUCCGUUUGCGGAUCGGAGUCAUUAUUAGGGGUUAAGUGAGGGUUCUAAGUGUGAGAUGAGUUGAGUUGAGUUUGCAUGGUAGGGAGAGGGAUUUUGAGCGCUGGGCAUAUG